AGGAAGCAUGGUAUAUUGUAUAGAGAGAGAGAGAGAGGGAAAGAGAAAAAGGGUGAGAGAGAGAGAGAGAGAGAGAGAGAGAUUGGGAUAGAUAGAGAGAUAACCAAAAACGAAACCCUAGAUUUCUUAUUGUUCCUGAUAAACACAAAAUAACUUUGUUUUUCUUUGCGCUUUCAGAUCCGAACUGUACGUGGGAAAGAUUCAGAUUUUAUUUUUUCAACGCAGUGGUAGGGAACUAUUCGGAUUGUUCAAAUAUAAUUUUUGUACUGGCGGUGAUACCCAUUACAGAUCCUGCCCAAUUUAUUGUCAUUUGAAGGAGUCAAUCCUUUGUUUGAUUUGCAGCUGUAAGAUCUUGAAAGGAUAUUUGGACUUGGGGAUUUAUACCCAUUGAAAAGUAAGCGAAAAUGAUGUCUAAAUCGUAUACCAAUCUUUUAGAUCUAGCUUCCGGGAAUUUUCCGGUAAUGGUCCGGGAGAAAAAGCGGCUUCCGAGAGUAAUGACGGUUCCUGGAGUGAUAUCAGAGCUUGAUGAUGAUCAGGCCAAUAGUGUGUCGUCGGAUGUUCCUUCCUCUCUUGUUCAGGACCGUAUAAUCAUUGUUGCCAAUCAGCUCCCAGUAAAAGCUAAGCGUCGACCUGAUAAUAAAGGCUGGAGUUUUAGUUGGGAUGACGACUCAUUGCUAUUGCAAUUGAAGGAUGGUCUACCUGAAGAUAUGGAGGUUUUGUAUGUGGGGUCAUUGAGUGUCGAUGUUGAUCCCAGUGAACAAGAUGAUGUGUCGCAGCUUUUAUUGGAUAGGUUUAAGUGCGUUCCAGCCUUUUUACCACCUGACAUUUUAUCCAAGUUCUAUCAUGGGUUUUGCAAACAGCACUUGUGGCCACUUUUCCACUACAUGCUUCCAUUCUCAGCAAACCACGGAGGAAGGUUUGAUCGGUCUCUGUGGGAGGCAUAUGUAGCAGCAAAUAAGAUUUUCUCUCAGAGGGUGAUUGAGGUCAUAAAUCCUGAUGACGACUAUGUUUGGAUCCAUGAUUACCAUUUAAUGGUGCUGCCUACCUUCCUGAGGAGGAGAUUCAAUAGACUGAGAAUGGGGUUUUUUCUCCAUAGCCCAUUUCCUUCAUCAGAAAUAUAUAGGACUUUACCUGUCAGGGAAGAGAUUCUAAAGGCACUUUUGAAUUCUGACCUUAUUGGUUUCCACACUUUCGAUUAUGCUCGGCAUUUCUUGUCUUGUUGUAGUCGGAUGUUGGGUCUGGAGUAUCAAUCGAAGAGGGGCUAUAUUGGUUUGGAAUAUUAUGGGAGGACAGUUGGCAUAAAAAUAAUGCCUGUUGGAAUUCAAAUGAAGCAGAUCGAGUCAGUAUUGAAACAUGCAGAUAAGGAGUGGAGGGUAGAAGAGCUCAAACAACAGUUUGAAGGAAAGACUGUAUUGCUUGGAGUCGAUGAUAUGGACAUCUUUAAAGGUGUCAAUCUAAAGCUGUUGGCGAUGGAACAAUUGCUGAAACAGCAUUCAAAGUGGCAGGGAAAGGCAGUUUUGGUGCAGAUUGCAAACCCUGCUAGAGGAAGAGGGAAAGACCUUGAGGAAAUUCAAGCUGAAAUACAGGCAAGCUGCAAGAGAAUUAACGAAAAGUUUGGUCAACCUGGUUAUGAACCAAUAAUCUUCAUUGAUAGGCCUAUCUCUCUCAGUGAAAGAUCUGCAUAUUACACUGUUGCUGAAUGUGUUGUGGUCACUGCAGUGAGGGAUGGGAUGAAUCUUACUCCAUAUGAAUACAUAGUGUGCAGGCAAGGAAUCUCUGGGUCAGGGCCUGAUUCGGAACACACUGGCCCCAAAAAAAGCAUGCUAGUAGUUUCAGAGUUCAUUGGAUGUUCCCCCUCGUUGAGUGGUGCAAUUCGAGUUAACCCAUGGAAUAUUGAAGCAACUGCUGAGGCAAUGAAUGAGGCUAUUUCUAUGGCUGAUUCUGAGAAGCAGAUGCGGCAUGAGAAGCAUUAUAGGUAUGUUAGCACACAUGAUGUGGAGUACUGGUCAAGAAGCUUUUUCCAAGAUAUGGAAAGGACAUGCAAAGACCAUUUCCGAAGACGGUGCUGGGGGAUCGGCUUGAGCUUCGGUUUUAGGGUUGUAGCACUUGAUCCUAACUUCAGAAAGUUGUCUGUUGAUAGCAUUGUAUCUGCAUAUUCGAGAUCUAAAAAUAGGGCUAUAUUGUUGGAUUAUGAUGGUACUAUGAUGCCUCAAACGACCAUUAAUAAAGUUCCCAGUCCAGAGGUUAUCUCCAUCAUAAAUUCGCUCUGUGGAGAUGCUAAAAAUACAAUAUUUGUGGUAAGUGGGAGAGGAAGGGAUAGUUUGGGCAAGUGGUUUACUCCUUGCAAGAAACUCGGAAUUGCUGCUGAGCAUGGUUAUUUUAUGAGGUGGUCUGCUGACAAGGAUUGGGAAAUUUGCGGGCAGAGUAGUGAUUUUGGGUGGAUUCAAAUAGCUGAGCCAGUUAUGAAAUUGUACACAGAAGCAACGGAUGGUUCUUCAAUAGAAACCAAAGAAAGUGCCUUAGUAUGGCACCAUCGUGAUGCAGACCCUGGCUUUGGAUCCUGCCAGGCCAAGGAGAUGUUGGAUCACCUAGAAAGUGUACUAGCAAAUGAGCCAGUUGCAGUGAAAAGUGGUCAGUUUAUUGUAGAAGUAAAACCACAGGAAGUAAGUAAAGGUGUGGUCGCAGAAAAGAUCUUCACAUCGAUGGCUGAGAGGGGAAAGCAGGCGGAUUUUGUUUUGUGUAUUGGUGAUGAUAGAUCUGAUGAGGACAUGUUUGAGACUAUUGGCAAUGCAAUGACAACUGGUGUCCUUUCCUCCAAUACAUCUGUUUUUGCAUGCACUGUUGGACAAAAACCAAGUAAAGCCAAGUACUAUUUGGAUGACACAAUCGACGUCAUAAACAUGCUCGAGGCUCUUGCAGAAGCUUCAGACUCGGCACCAACUCCAGACUCAGAGUCAGAGAGCUCCUCUUGAUGAUUUCCUCCAAAGCAUUUCACUUUUAAAAAAAGUACGGUCUUUUAAAGCCAAUCAAAGCGAAAUUCCAUGCUGGGCAUAGUUUGAAGAGUGUGAAUUGGGGAAUUUUACGACCUGUUAUCUGAAUGACUUGUGGCUAAUUUGAAAGCAAUAGCGACUUUUUUCCGUUGCAACAGUAAAAAAAACUGUGGAGUGUGUGGGGUAUACUUGGGAAAAAAACUGAAAAUUUUGUUGCAUCUGCUCAGCCCUCUGAAGGAUUAAUUUGUUUCACCAAAAUUAUUCAUGAAGACUUGGAAUUGGGAUGGAAAUACUAAAAAAUAAUUGUUGCACCGUAUGCAUAAAAUGAAGGCUGCCAAACGUGCGUAAUGGAAUAGAACGCACUUUUUGAUGGAGACAUGAUGUCACUUUGUUCUACAGCAGGGAAAAGUUAACUCUAAUGGUGGUAAGACGGCAUACUGGUUGUAGGAGCAGAGUCCUGCUGGUAAGAUAGGUAUCAAUUUUAAGAACAGUAUACUGUAUUUUUCCAUUUUUCUUUUUUCCCCUUUCUUUUUUAAGUUUCGGCGUGACUGUUCUUUGCCAUUGUUUCUGGGAAAAUUUCCAUGCUUAUUGAAUCUGUACAUUACAUAGCAAAGUUGCAAAUGCAAUUUAGUUUCUCUGUAUUGAGGUUUA